GAGCCGGGCGGGAGCGGCCGCCGCGCCGGCGGAGCGAGGCGCGAUGGCGUCCUACGUGGAUAACAGCUUCCGCCAGGCGGUGAUGAAGAACCCGGCGGAGCGGAGCCCCCAGUUCCAGCAAACCUGAAGAAAGCCAAAAGAAAUUCUUUGCUGACGUUGGUGGGCACUGACAGCAGUGGAAUAUGGAAGAGUUCAAAAUAGAAGCAGCAUCCACAAUUUAAUGCAUAAUAUGAAACUUAAGUUGCAUGAAGGAAGGAAGUAAAUAUACUUUAAAAUCUCCAUUAAGACUGAAUUUCUUCUUUUUACAGUAAAGUUUAGUCUCUUUUAUUUCCACAUAGAAACACAACCUAAUGCCUCAAAAUACUGUCAGCUUUCUCUUGUCAUUAGAAAUAGAGUAUUUGCACUCCUUGAGAUUUAAGGUAGCCAAGCAAUGUCUGUAGCUGUAAAUAAUUUUGAUGUUGAGAGUAGGAUCUGGGUUUGUUGUCAGGAUGCUAUUGUUCUCUUAAAGUCUGCUGUAUGCAUUGGGUGAGGGAAAUGAAAACCAUAGCAUAAUGUUCAUAAAUAUGUUUAGAAAAAAAUUCCUUCUGAAUUUCUGGUACCAAACUCUACUGUAGAGAGAUGUAUUUCUAUAUUCUGGAAACCGAACUGUUGCCAUCAUGGAUGAACAGUAAUUUUAGAGAUGAUGCUUGUUGGGUAAACUAUAGUGACAAUAAAAUAGACUUUCAGUAGUCUACGGUUGCUUUGUUUCUUGCAGAUGGGAGACCUCACUAUUUAAUUGAACCUUGCUCUGUAAACAGGGGAAAAAGUUACAAAUUUUUCUACCUGAGGAUAAUUUUGUUUUAUUCCCUUUGAAAACUAUAAUGUCAAAUUUGACAGUAAAACUGACAGUAUUUUUUACUUGUUGGUUCAUUUUUAACAUCUGAAGUUAAGGAACAACUUCUUUAAGUAGUCAUAACCUAGAUUUACUAUAUUUAGAAGUGAAUCAUUUCAACACUUCUGACAGCCUGCAUUUAGCAGCACGUGUCAUGCGUAGCAAAGAGCCAGCAGUGAGCAGAUGAGUGGUCCGUCAGCAGCUGCCACGAGUGAACGCUGGUUUAAGCCAUAGAUAUUAAUGAGUUCUGCCAUGAACAGGACAAAAAAGUAUCAGAAGCCCUUAGGGCAUUGGGAGGGUCAAUUUCUUUUCUCUACAAAACAGAAAAAAUACACUUUAUGUAGUCACAUAGGGGCUUAAGUUGCCUGAAAUAGCAGUUGUGUUUAAACUGUUUCGUUUGUAGACUUCAUUUUUUGCAAAAAUGUUAAUAAAGGGUACGUUUGGAAACUCAGCUGAGGAGAUCAGACAUUCAUUGAUGAUCUUUCAAACAGCUGCAGAGAUCCAAUCUGUUUAAUUUUCCAAAUAUAUAUAUUUUUUCCCAGAGUGGAGAAAGGGGGACACGAACCAGAAUUCGUUCUAUGGGUUAUGUACAGUCUUGCUAGUUCACUUUCCCUAUGUUCCUGCAUGAAGUUUUUUUGAAGUCCAAGAAGAUAAGACUGUUGCAUUUCUAAGUUGUGAACUGUACAAUAUGAAAAAUCCCUGAGAAAUCCUUUGCUCCUGUGCUGUUGUUAAUAAAGUAUAAACAGUUAUUAAGAAAAGGUAGAACUCCAGAAAUGGUUAUGCUUGUGGAACCUGAAGAAAUUAUUUUCUUUCUGAUUUACAUAAGCUGCUCAUACUGCUUAGCUUCAGCAGAUUUAAAGAGAUCAGAAUUCAUUAGUUGGAAAAGGCCUCUAAGAUCUAGUCCAUCACCACCAUGCCCGUAUGUGCCACAUCUACACAGUGGUACCUAACAAAACCCCUACAGAGAGCCACAAACAUUUCCCUCAGCAAACUCAGAAUGAUGUUCUUCAGGAAGCAGAGUAUAAACUAUAAGAAGAUUGAAAACUCUUUAGUUAAAAUUCAAUUUUAAUUGUAGAAAUGAGAUGACUAACUCUAGGCCUUGAAAAGAACUGUCAAAUGUGAACCAGUAGCAGGUGUACAGGCUUUGGAAGAUAUUUGGGAUGUUGUUCUAGAUCACUAAUGCUAAAAUAGAUGUGUUGGUUAGGCAUAGGUAUGGUUAGAACAGGUGUUUAUUUUGAUUAGUGUCUCUAAAUGGGAAGUAGGGAUUUGAAACUGGGAAUAGGGUAGUAUCUCAUGCAUGCUCAGCUCUGUAAAAGCUGGAUUUUUCUUAUCCAUAGGCUGUUCUGCAUAGGCUGAAAACUAAAGUUCUUUGGAAAUGUAAGGAAUGGCAGCCUGCCAGCAGUCAAAACAUUGCUUGUGUUCCAUUAAAAUUGGUGAAUUCAAAAUAAGUACUUCUAGAUCUUCUAAUGUAGAUUAUAACAUUAGGAAAGUACCUAUUCUGCAGCAGUGUGUAUCUGUUGGAUCACUUACGUGAGCGUGAAUAUUUGCCGGAUUGCUACAAGGAGCAUUCUUUCACCCAAUACAGACCUUUGAAUUUUAAAUACAUUCUGUGGAUAGAGUAUCAAUGCUUCUGAUUUUGUACCCAAUCUUUUUCUAAAAUGUAUUCUUAGCAUGAAAGUAAAUCUUACCACAAGUAUUUGUUUCCUUCCAAAUUAACAGAAUUAUACAAAUCAGUUUCUCCCUUAUUACUGUAGCAUCUUGAAAGCUGUUGACAAAAAAAUGUUUACAUGUUUUUUCUUCAUGUUUGUGAAGAUAAGUGGACACAUUUGAUAAUAGAGAGGGAUUUUUUUCUUUAUGUAUUGUCACAGCCUCAGCAUUUCUGCUGUUGUGUUUAGCUUUAUCAUAGCAUGAGAGAAAAAUGACUUGGCAACAGUGAAAUGAGAAGAAUAGCCGUGCCCUCAGUGAGAUAUAGUUUCAUUAUGUGUUCACAAAGCUAAAUUUACACCUACUUUGACAGAGGUAAGAAGCUGGAAAAAUGGAAUCUCAGGGCUAGUGGAAAAGCUGAGCCUAUUUCUGAGAGAAGAGGCUACCAUUAGUGAUUAGAACUGCUGCUUUCUUUGGAAAUUACUGGGAGUGGUACAAAAAUGACUUAUUUCAGAACAGUGUCUUUUUAGGCAUUCUUAACCUUUUGCAAAUUCCUGGUUUGGCUGCAGCAGUGGCUGGAGGCGAGUCUUAGCGAAGGAGAAUCUUAAAUUAGUACCAAGGGCAUGUGACAAGGCAUGUUACUGGCAUUUCUCUUAGUUCUGACCCUCCUCAUGUUUUUUACAUUCUGGUUAGCAAUUAUGCUGUCAAGGAUGCUAGCUGAUGGACAGCUAUACUUUGCAUACUGGACAAGUGAAUGUGUGGAACAAAACAGCCUUUGUGGCUUUGAAAAAGGGUUUGAUUUAUACUGGGUGAAAUAUAUGCGAUUUUAUGCCAUUAUUUAAAAUGCACAGUUCGAUUAUAAAAGUAAUGCCAAAUCACAUGUGUAGCAAAUAGGAAGGAGGUAAACAUAGUAAAAUAAACAUGCAGAUGUAGUCUUGUGUUCUACACUUACUAACUUGCUGUGAUGAUAUCAUUAUGCAGGAUUGUAAUGACAAAGCUAACCAUCCUAGCAAUUUUGUCUGGACAAGAUUGGUAUUUGUAACUUUUUUUGUGAUUAUUCCACUGUCUCAACUCAUGAGGAAGCUAGAAAGUAGUGGUACUGUGGGAGAAAAAUUAGUAUAAGUUUAAUAUUAUACUGUAUUUAAAUAUCAAGUUAAUGCAUGUGCCCUAAUUUCCCUCUACUCUGCUCUCAUGAGACCCUACCCAGAGUACUGCCUCCAUUUCUGGGUUCCCCGUCACAAAAAGGACAUGGAGAUGUUGGAGUGGCUCCAGAGGAGGGCCAUGAAGAUGAUCAGAGGGCUGGAGCACCUUCGCUAUGGGGACAGGCUUAGAGAUCUGGGGCUCUUCAGCCUGGAGAGGGCUCUACAGGGAUCCUUACAGUGGCCUUCCAGUACCUGAAGGGGGCCUAUGGGAAAGCUGAGGGCGAACUUUUUAUGAGGAAAUGGCUUCGAACUGCAAAAGGGUAGAUUUAGACUAGAUAUUGGGAAGAAAUUCUUUACUGUGAAGGUGGUGAGACACUGGAACAGAUUGACCAGAGAGCUUGUGGAUGAACCCUUCUUGGAAGUAUUCAAGGCCGGGUUGGAUGAGGCUGUGAGCAACCUGAUCUAGAGGGAGGUGACCCUGCCUAUAGCAGGGGGUUGGAACUAGGUGAUCUUAAAGGACCCUUCCAACACAAACCAUUCUCUGAUUAGUGGAAGGCAAGCUACUGUUUACCUGCCAUGUUCAAGGCUUAGUACUGUCCUUGCUGAUACUGAUAGAAGUGUUUCGUCUAGUAACUUCCAUCUUUUUGAUAGUGUUAGGUGGCUUAGCUGAAGCUUCUGCAGUCUUCAUUCAUUUUGCUCUAUUUACUUCCAGCCCAUGCACUGCAUGGGCUGGAAAUGGUGCUCCUGAAGCACCUAUAUUUGUCUGUACAAUAUAAGCUAUGUUGCAUCCUUCAAAGUACAUUUUUGGAGUAUAUUAUCUUGAUAGUUAUUUUUGCUGAUUUCUGAGCACAUAAAGAAGAAUGUAGAACAUAUCUGAGUACAUAGAACAGGCUCCCUAAUGGUUUGUGUAUGUGUAAAUUUCAGGUGGACUAAAACUGUUUAGAGGCCAGUUCCUUUGAAAGGAAACAAGGUUUUCUUUUAAUCACUUGUAAUAAGGAUUUUUGAGCUCUGCAGUGUGAUUACAUCAAGUGUUAUGCACAACAGCUCUAGUGUAAUUAAAUGAGGCCUAAAAACAUAGCCCUCUUAAGUCACAAACCCUGUAAAUUGAUCCAGUUUAUAAUCUCAGUAUUUUAGUUAAGAAGCAUCUGUAAUGAUGGUGAUGUCCACUAAAUGGCUUGCUUGAAUGCUUUUCAACAGUGACUUAGCCAUUCUAACUUAGCCAUUCUAAGGAUAUAAAUUGUAAAUUCUUGGUUGGCAUCUGCCAUCUAUCACCUUCAUCUCUGAGCUCCCGUGCUCACAGAAAGUGGCAGAGUACCUACUCUUGAGGAGAGUUUUACCUUUGCUUCUGUGCUUCCGUAGUCUUUUGAGGAUAUCAUGGGCUAGGACUUGGAAGGUUUUGAAAUAAGGUCCUUUAAAUCCUUUAGUGUGAUUUCAUGGCCUUGCUUUAUACAAAAUGGUGCAACAGUAAGGAUUUUAAUUGCAUGUAAAGAGAAAAUGAGAUCUUACUGCAAACAAAAUAUGUAAUCUGUGUUGUCUAAGAGAACUUGGAAUUUGCUUGCAGUUCUAAAUGUCAUCUGUCAAAUAUCUAACUUCAUGGCUUUCUUCUUCAUGAGAAUUUGUGUUGUUGCGAUGCCUGAAAACAGUGACCAUUUUCCUAUAUUUUUGUGCAGUUCUAAACAACAACAAAAAAAUGCAUCCUGUUGGUUGUGUAUAUCCAAUGGAUAUCUACUUAAAAAAAAAAAAGUUGCUUUCUAGAAGGUAAGAGGUGGGAUCAUGGAUUUUUUUCUUUAAAUUCUGUGUAACAAAAGGUUACUGGAAGUUGACCACGAGUCAGGAUGAGUGCAUGGCUGUGAUGGAGUGUUAGAGGCAUGCUGGAAAAGCUGUUGAUAUGUGCUGUUGAUAGCUAGUGAGAAAGAGGAAACUAACAGUUCUGACAGUGUCUUUCAGCUUAUCAAAGCCAUACCUAUUGCAGAAGGUGAGAUUCUGACAUAUUUGCUGGAACAGUGUACUCAAGAAAAUGAAUUUCUGUGGAACAAAACAGAAGACCACUGAAUUGUAUCUCACCUGAAUAAGUUGCUGCCAAAGGUGGUUCUCAUCUACAGCACUUGGUUCUUCAAUGGCUUGUCUUCCAAGUUCUGUCUAGCACUAUCACUGUUUCACUUCUCACCUUCUCAUUGUGACUGCUUACCUGCUUGGUCUCUGAUUUGCUGUAACUUUGUUGAUAGACCUUGUAGGGGGUUCCCAUAUUCUUCCUUUUGAGUUUGAAGUUAAAGGAGGUAAGUGUGGGGAAGAUCAAUGUUUGGAUGUUUAGCUGUUAUGUUUGUCUCAGUUGGGUGGUGAGGAAAGGGAGAAGAAAAGAUUACUGUGAUGACUUGCAAGUGUUUCCAGGCCUUGAGUUCAGAAAAUCCUAGGAUGAAAAAAAAGUUGUUUAUAGUAUUAAUGAAAAGGGGAAUAGAGACAAAAUGAAUAUUCAGAAAACAUGUUUUUAAUGAGAUACUGCACACUGAGUUUCCUUGAGGAGGCCAUCACAAACCACACUGAGUCACUUGUGGCUCAGUUGUGCCAAGCAGCUGAGGCCACGUUGCAGAGAUGUGUGUGCAGGCACCAGCAGAGGAUGUGCUCGAUGGUUGGUAGUCAUCUUUUUGGCUCUUCAUUUCUCUGAUAUGCUGUUAGAGCACAGCUGCUGCGUGGGAUUUACUACUGCUCGACUAUUGCAGUAUUCAUGAAGUGCAAAUGACUGGGAAUCGUCUUCAUUUACUGUAAGGCAGGUUAGAGAUAAUAAACGGUAAUUGUUUGGUAAUGAGAGAGAUACCAUUUGCAAAUGAGCUUAAGCUGCAGUUCUCUUUUAAGCAAUUGUAGCCCUUUGUUUGCCUCAGCAAAUGACAAUUUUUACAUAAUAAAAAAAGGUGUUGUACAGAAAUUUUCCUAACAAUGAAUAAAUCUGUUAAAGAACGAUCUCAUUCAGUUCAGAGUUGCUUUUUCCUUAUCUAAAGUAACAGUUACAAACUUCAGAAGUAUGACAUGACACUGAUGUCCGCCGAGGCUGUACUGUAGUGUGUUUUGUUCGGGGCCCCUUGCACCCUGUGAAGCUUUUGCUUGCUCUAGGCAACAGAACUUGUUUUCAGCUGAGCUAAACCAAAGCAGUUGGGAUUUUUCAGAUUUUAGUGAAACUUGGAAAAAAUGGUGUUUGUUAGAACCACUAAUUCUGGGUAGUGGGAGUUGCUGCUUAGUAGCUAUGCAGAGAAUAAACAGUAUGCUCUUAAUGUCAAUACUUUUAAAGCACAAUUCACUGUGAAUGCUACUUAAUGCUGAAAAAUGAGUUUAAUGCAGGAAAUCCUGUUUGGGUGCCACUGGGAGGAUGACAAAGGAAUGCAUUUCAGAAACGAACUGAUUUGGCAGAGCCAACAGCUGGUUUUGAGCCCUGCUGGCAGACAUUUUGAUAGCUCUGACUGUCUGGGUUUUUCAUGUUGUGAUUUUUUUUUUUUUUUGUAUUUUUUUUAUAUUGGCUUUCUUCUUUCUGAAUAUCGUUUUCCAUAGGAACUCCAUGGCACAAUUUUGUAACUGCCCCAUUGCAUUUCAGGUCAUAGACUCCUGUGAAAUAAGAAUAAUGUCAUCUUGCAGUUUUACAUUGCUACUUUUCUUUCUUUUCUCAUGCCAGUGUGUGAAUGUUGGAUGUGUUAACUGGGGCAUGUGAAAUAAACAUAUGGAUGAGGCAAUGUUCUGUUGGAGAACUGCAUGUCUGAUGUACACAUAUAAAAAGGCAUUCAAGGGAGUUACCUGAAUGAGGUGAGCUCUGUUUGAGAUUGAGGUAUUUACUUCCCUUCCCAGGGACUUUUACUUCUGUGGGGAGGUAACUUGGUUAGCAGAAGCCUGUGGUCUCCCUCUAUGUAGUGCUGCUAGACCACAAGUUAAACGGAAGAAUUCAGAAUCUAAAGAAUUAGAGAAAAGUGUAGUCCUCAGUACUCAAGGGAGGGAGGGGAUUGUUGGAACCAGAGCAGUCUCUCAUACCUGAAAUUGUAAACUAACUGCUAUUCUUAAAGGAUAUUGGUAUAUGUGGUGUGCUGCAUAGGGGCGAUCAGACGUAAGUUCUGCAUUCAACACUGAUAAAGAGCAUACUGUGAAUUCCAGCCCUUGCUCUUUCUGGAAUGCUUUGAGGUAUUUGGCAUGACUUGGUUGCAGUCCAGCUUUAUGCCACAGAAGUGUUUAAUGGAGAUGGAUGACUGUACUUGGUGUAUGUUAUCUUGAUGUUCUCUAAAGUAUCCCAUAAACCAGAAAGAUUUGUAUACUUGUCCAGAUUAGCUGGGAUCUGGAUUUAGUGUUUGACUGAAUUGUAUUUGUCCUGAAUUUCUCACUUUGGAUUGAUAGACUCUGUGCUUAUAACAACACAAAGCUUUCAUUAGCAGCACAGAAUGUUAAAUAUAACUUCAUUUAGCUACACUGGCUGUCCUAAAUGUAUUGUUGUGUGCCUGGUCUCGCUUUUAGGUGCUGAACUACAAGUUUGCAGCUUCGUCUCCCCUUCUCCCUUCUUUCAGAGGCAUUUGUUCAGAAUUCAAUGAUGCAAAUAAAUUGCCAGUGUCAUUUAUCUCCAAGCUGUAUAACUUCUGUGAAAGAUGAAAGCUGAAGAACCAAGUAAAUAUUCAAAGAUUCCAUUCUACUCACUUCAGUUGGCUUUGCCCUUCUUUACUACUUAUGAAUGAGCAGAGUAAAUGGAAAUUUUCAUUUACAGUAAAUACAUUUGACAGAAAAAAAAACCACAGGGAUGAAUUAGGAAAAUAACUUUUUAUCUUCAAAAAAAGGAAUAUGAGUUCUGCUUUCUUGUUGAUUGUGGUGAGCUCAAUGGGUGCUGAACUAUACUGGAGUUGUUAGGGAAGGAACCCUCAUUCCAUUCUGACCUGAAGUUCUGAUCAGAAAAGGACACAGCUGAGGAAAUACGCUCAUUCUGCAUGAGCAAAAGCUGCUAAGUAAUGCUUGAUCUUGAGUUUAUGAAGAACAGAUAUCAAGUACUGUUCUUCUCUGUCUGUUUUCAGAGGGCUAAUUGUUAUGUGAGCAGGUUACAUUUUCUCCUCAGUAGUGGUGGCCUGCCCUUAUAGCUCUUUCUAUCCUGAUGCAUUCCCCUAGUAUUUGUUUUUCUUAACAUAGCAGAGUAUGUUCGGGUGCACGUGUCCAUUAAGCUAGGACACGAGUUCAACACAACUGUAACCAGUUCUGCAUUCCUAUGAGGCAACUUAAAUUAGUCCAGUGGUAAUGGUAGGAGGAGAGAAAGAGGAGUAAUGCUUUUUCUGCCAUGUCACUUGAGCAACAGGUUAUCGUUGCAUGCAGUUUCUGAGAAGUCCAAGUUCUGUUGGUCUCCAGGACAUGUAGCCUUGAUUAUACUCUCUGAAACACUGGUUGUUCUUGUUUAUCUCAGUCUUGCUUUUCUACAUUCUUUUCAGCACUAUUCCACUGUUUGAGCUUAAAGAGCAUGCUCUUCUUUCGCAAGUGCAAGUGGACUUCUGUAUUCAUUGCCCCUCAGCAUUGGUGUCUGUUGAGAGUUUCAGGGAAAGGAGAAUAAGAUGCUUAGCACCCAGACAGAUGGCAUAUUGACUGUGGCAGUUGAGUCGUGAGAGGGGAAAAAAAGACCCCAACACUUAAGCUGAAAAUCAUGCUCAUGAGAAGAACAUUUUAGUAAGUAUUUAGAUUUUUAUCGUGUUCAAUGAUAAAACUCUGCAUGAUAGAGAUAUUUACUUUUGAAACUUUUAAUUUAGUGCUUGACAGGGUUGAGUAAACAGUUUGUUUAAAAUGGUGUGUUCUGAAAGCUUUAAUGGAAGGAAGAACAUCCACCUGUUUGUAAGUUGUGGCUCUCAGGAGCAGGCUGGUACAGGCUGAGAAGGACUGUCUCAGACGUGCCUGAGAUCUAAGACUUCUCUGAUUCUGAAUCUGGAAAAUGAUUUGAGAUUAAUUUUGUCUCAUUUUUCUGCCUUAUCCAUUCUACCUGCCAGUACCCGAACAACAGAGAAGGGUGAGUGCUAGAGCUGAAAGGAGUAUGAAAGACAGGUUCAAGAGUCCUGAAACCAGUUAAAAUGCCUGCCUUCAUCCUUGAGGAUGAAGAACUGGGGUUAUAGUUCUCCUUGGUAGUAUUAACAUAAUAAGGGUCAAGCUGACACUUGAGUGUAAUCCCAAGAGUCUGUCACUUAUUCGUCCCCCUGCAUGUGCUGUUUCAUACCAAGGGGCAUAGCUUGGAGCAGGCAGUGGGCAGGGAGUUGAAAAGAACAUGCUGCAGAGCAUGGCAAGGACGGACUUGGGCACACAGCUUGCAGGGCUGACUGGGGCUUCUGGCCAGCACUCGGUAUUGCCCUGCUGGAGUUGCACAAGCUGCCCAGUGCCUCUAUUAAAUUGUGCUCCUGUAUUAGAAGUGAUUGAGUAACACUUUUUGGGAACAGUAAGAGUUGAACGUACUGUGCUUUUGCAUACUUAUAUAAAGUGCAGGUACAUUCUAUUCUUUUUACAGUGAGAACAGCCUACACCUUGAAAGCUAAACAUCCUAGGUGGUGAGGCAGUGAGCUGUUGAAGUAAUCCCACGGGGCAGUCUUUGUCCCUUCUCCAGCAGGUGCUCUCUGAUGAAGGGCAGGUUGCUGAUGUUACUGACUCUUUAGGGACGGCAGAGUAGGGGAGGUGAGUGCAGCCUACUGCUUCUGGAGAGAUUUGGAGAUUGUGUAUUCAUAUUUACAUGGAAUGGAAGCCUUGUCUAAUCUGAGAGAACAUCAGCUAAGGCUGAUGUGUGAAACUGUUCGAUAUGAAAGGCAUGAAGCAAAUGAAGUUCUGUACUACCCUGAUGAUAUUGGUACCUGUUGGUAUAUCCUGUUGUCUGGCUCAGUCUUCAUUAAAGAAUCUAUGUUUCUUCCAAGGAGCAGUUUUGGCAAGCGUUCUGCAGGAAGCUUCAGGCGUGGCUGUGAAUGCAUUGUUUUAGAGCCAUCUGAAAUGAUUGUGGUUGAUUAUAUGGAUGAAAAUGAAGAAUAUUUUCAGCGUCAAGCUUCUCACAGGCAAUCUCGAAGGAGGUUUAGGAAAAUCAACCAAAAAGGGGAGCGACAAACAAUUAUUGAUACUGUUGAUCCUUAUCCUGUGGGGAAGCCACCUCUGCCUAGAGGCUACCAUACGGAAUGCACUAAACCUCAGCUUCCUGCAGAUUUCACAAAGCUGCACCUUACUGACAGUCUCCACCCACAGGUGACCCACGUUUCAUCCAGUCACUCAGGAUGUAGCAUCACAAGUGAUUCGGGAAGCAGCAGCCUUUCUGAUAUCUACCAGGCUACAGAAAGUGAGGCUGGUGAUAUGGAUCUCAGUGGGUUGCCAGAGACAGCAGUGGAUUCUGAGGAUGAUGAUGAUGAAGAAGACAUUGAAAGGGCAUCAGAUCCUUUGAUGAGUAGAGAUAUUGUCAGAGAUUGCUUGGAGAAAGAUCCAAUAGACAGGACGGAUGAUGACAUUGAACAACUACUGGAAUUCAUGCAUCAGUUGCCUGCUUUUGCCAACAUGACAAUGUCAGUGAGGAGAGAGCUUUGUGCUGUAAUGGUGUUUGCAGUUGUGGAGAGAGCAGGAACUAUUGUACUGAACGAUGGGGAAGAGCUGGAUUCCUGGUCAGUCAUUCUGAAUGGCUCUGUGGAAGUGACAUAUCCUGAUGGAAGAACAGAGAUACUGUGCAUGGGAAACAGUUUUGGAGUUUCCCCUACCAUGGAAAAGGAAUAUAUGAAGGGAGUGAUGAGAACCAAAGUGGAUGACUGCCAGUUUGUUUGUAUAGCUCAGCAAGAUUAUUGCCGCAUCCUCAAUCAAGUGGAAAAAAACAUGCAGAAGGUAGAAGAGGAAGGAGAGAUUGUGAUGGUUAAGGAGCACAGAGAGCUUGAUCGCACUGGAACAAGAAAAGGUCACAUUGUCAUCAAGGGAACAGCGGAAAGGUUAACAAUGCAUUUGGUGGAAGAACACUCUGUGGUAGACCCAACAUUUAUAGAAGACUUCCUGUUGACGUAUCGGACCUUUCUUUCCAGCCCAAUGGAAGUGGGGAAAAAGUUGUUGGAGUGGUUCAAUGACCCCAGCCUCAGGGAUAAGGUUACACGGGUAGUAUUGUUGUGGGUGAACAAUCACUUCAAUGAUUUUGAAGGAGAUCCUGCUAUGACUCGAUUUCUGGAAGAAUUUGAGAACAAUUUGGAGAGGGAGAAAAUGGGUGGACAUUUGAGGCUGUUAAAUAUUGCUUGCGCCGCUAAAGCAAAAAGAAGAUUGAUAACCUUAACAAAGCCAUCUCGAGAAGCCCCUUUGCCUUUUAUCUUGCUGGGAGGGUCAGAAAAGGGAUUUGGGAUCUUUGUUGAUAGUGUAGAUUUUGGUAGUAAAGCUACAGAAGCAGGCUUGAAACGUGGAGACCAGAUAUUGGAAGUGAAUGGUCAAAACUUCGAAAAUGUUCAGCUGUCAAAAGCCAUGGAAAUCCUUAGAAAUAACACUCAUCUGUCUAUCACUGUGAAAACCAAUUUAUUUGUUUUUAAAGAACUUUUAACACGGUUGUCAGAGGAAAAACGAAAUGGUGCUCCUCACUUGCCUAAAAUUGGUGAUAUUAAAAAAGCGAGCCGUUAUUCCAUCCCAGAUCUGGCUGUUGAUGUGGAACAGGUAAUAGGAUUAGAAAAAGUAAAUAAGAAAAGUAAAGCCAACACAGUUGGGGGAAGAAAUAAGUUAAAGAAGAUACUUGACAAGACUCGAAUCAGCAUUCUGCCUCAGAAACCAUACAAUGACAUUGGAAUUGGCCAGUCUCAGGAUGACAGCAUUGUAGGACUGAGGCAAACAAAGCACAUUCCUCCUGCUUUACCUGUCAGUGGAACCCUGUCAUCCAGUAAUCCUGAUCUACUGCAGUCUCAUCACCGUAUCUUGGACUUCAAUACAACUCCAGACUUACCAGAUCAAGUUCUGAGGGUUUUCAAGGCGGAUCAGCAAAGUCGCUACAUCAUGAUCAGUAAGGACACAACAGCAAAAGAGGUGGUCAUCCAGGCCAUCAGGGAAUUUGCUCUCACUGCAACUCCUGAUGCGUAUUCACUGUGUGAAGUCUCUGUCACACCUGAGGGUGUAAUUAAACAAAGGAGGCUUCCUGAUCAGUUAUCCAAGCUUGCUGACAGGAUACAGCUAAGUGGCAGGUAUUACCUGAAGAACAACAUGGAAACAGAAACUCUUUGUUCAGAUGAAGAUGCUCAGGAGUUACUAAGAGAGAGUCAAAUUUCCCUACUACAGCUCAGUACCGUUGAAGUGGCUACCCAGCUCUCCAUGAGAAAUUUUGAGCUAUUCCGUAAUAUUGAACCCACAGAAUACAUAGAUGACUUGUUUAAACUCAAAUCAAAAACAGGCUGCACUAAUCUAAAGAGGUUCGAAGAAGUGAUAAAUCAAGAAACAUUCUGGGUAGCUUCGGAGAUUCUAAGAGAAACCAACCAGUUGAAAAGGAUGAAAAUCAUCAAGCAUUUCAUUAAGAUAGCGCUACACUGCAGAGAAUGCAAGAAUUUCAACUCAAUGUUUGCUAUCAUUAGUGGCUUGAAUUUGGCACCGGUUGCAAGGCUCCGAACUACUUGGGAAAAACUUCCAAGCAAGUAUGAAAAGCUGUUCCAAGAUCUACAGGAUUUGUUUGAUCCAUCUAGGAAUAUGGCAAAAUACCGUAAUGUCCUUAACAGCCAAAAUCUGCAGCCCCCUAUUAUUCCUCUGUUUCCUGUUAUCAAAAAAGACCUUACAUUCCUUCAUGAAGGAAAUGAUUCCAAAGUGGAGGGCUUAGUCAACUUUGAGAAGCUGAGAAUGAUUGCGAAGGAAAUUCGCCACGUUGGUCGCAUGGCAUCUGUCAACAUGGAUCCUGCUUUAAUGUUUAGAACUAGGAAGAAGAAAUGGAGGAGUUUGGGGUCUCUCAGCCAGGGCAGUACAAAUGCAGCUGUGCUUGAUGUUGCACAAGCAGGGGGUCAUAAAAAGCGGGUCCGUCGCAGCUCCUUCCUUAACGCUAAAAAACUUUAUGAAGAUGCUCAGAUGGCACGGAAAGUAAAGCAGUAUCUCUCAAACUUGGAUCUGGAAAUGGAUGAAGAAAGCCUCCAGACUCUGUCUCUACAGUGUGAGCCAGCCACCAACACAUUGCCAAAGAAUACAGGAGACAAGCGAUCUGGAAAAUCUGAAACAUCACCGGUGGCUCCCCGGGCAGGAAUUCAGCAGAAAGUGCAGCAGCAGCAGCAAUAUAAAGUAAACCAAGCACUGCAGGUCCCUGCUGUAUCUCUUUAUCCCUCUCGCAAGAAAGUGCCCGUCAAAGACCUCCCACCAUUUGGCAUUAACUCCCCACAAGCUUUAAAGAAAAUUCUUUCAUUAUCUGAAGAAGGAAGUCUGGACCGCCACAAGAAACAAUCUGAAGACACAGUAUCAAGCGCAUCUUCACAUCUGUCUUCUCCUCCCACCUCACCACAGAGUUCUCCAAGGAAAGGUUACACUUUGGCUCCCAGUGGCACAGUGGAUAACUUUUCAGACUCUGGUCACAGUGAAAUUUCUUCCAGAUCUAGUAUUGUCAGCAAUUCCUCUUUUGACUCCAUGCCAGUGUCCCUGCAUGAUGAGAGGAGACAGAGGCAUUCUGUCAGCAUUGUGGAGACUAAUCUUGGCGUGGGAAGAAUUGAUAGAAGGAUCAUGAUUGAACCAGAUCAAUACAGCUUAGGAUCUUAUGCACCACUGUCAGAGAACAGAGGCCUGUACGCUGGAGCUACUGUUCUGUCUUCUCCUAGUACAGAAGAACUGUCACAGGAUCAGGGGGACAGAGCUUCACUCGAUGCAGCUGACAGUGGCCGUGGUAGCUGGACUUCUUGUUCAAGUGGUUCUCAUGACAACAUUCAAACAAUACAGCACCAGAGAAGCUGGGAGACGCUGCCUUUUGGACACGCUCAUUUUGAUAAUUCAGGCGAUGGGGCAGGACUGUGGGCCUCAGGCAGUCAUGUGGACCAGCUGAUGUUCUCCGAUCAUGGCACAAAGUACAGCCGGCAAAGUCAAGGCAGGGAGGGCCUCGAUCAAGCACAGUCCAGAGCAAGCUGGGCAUCCUCAACGGGCUACUGGGGAGAGGACUCGGAAGGUGACACAGGUACCAUAAAGCGAAGGGGUGGGAAGGAUGUUUCUGUUGAAGCUGAAACCAGCUGCAUAACAUCCAUACCAGCAGAGGAGGCGAAGCCAGCUCCCAUGCCCGCUCACAUACCGGUAACAUCAAGUACUACAAAGGGGCAUAUUGCACGAAAAGAAGGUCGGUAUCGGGAACCACCUCCAACUCCUCCUGGUUAUGUAGGAAUACCUAUUGCUGAGUUUGCAGAAGGUGUUUCCCAUCCAACUAGAAAGCCUCCGGAUUACAACGUAGCACUUCAGAGGUCUAGAAUGGUGGCACGGACAUGUGAGACCCAGGGGACGUCGGCUCAACAGCAGCAGUCACAUGGCCAUUCAACUAGCAGGCCUGUGAACAAACCUCAGUGGCAUAAACCAAACGAGUCAGAUCCACGUCUUGCUCACUAUCAGUCUCAAGGGUUUCCCACAGAGGAAGAUGAAGAUGAACAAGUCUCUGCUGUGUAAGACUUGGGGCUUUUCUGGAUCCAGAGUGAACCACCUUAAAGGAGAGCACAAGAAGACGUCCCUAGAAUAGGAGCCUUGGAACCAUAGUUAAAGGAUGGUGGACCUGUUUGCCUCCUUCCCUGCCUUAAAGCAGCAUGGGGCUUCUUCCUCCACCCCCCCCAAGCCCCCUUUCUGUCCCUUUUCCCCUUGCAUGUGAAAUACUGUGAAGAAAUCGCCCUGGCACUUUUCAAACUGUGUUGCUUGAAAUGCACAGUGCAGCAAUCUCCAAGCUACCACUGUCGCUGUCUGCCACAUCACACAGUAUCAUUCCAAAUUCCAAGAUCAUCACAUCAGGAUGAUAACUCUGGCUGCACUUCCCAAUGCCUGGAAGGGUUUUUUAAUCUUCCUUUUCAAUUUUAAUCAUGAUCCUAGCACUUAGUCUCAUUGGGAUAAUGAGAUAAGCUAGUUGUCAAUUUAUGUUUGGCCUUUAACCUACCAAGAGUGGAAUGCAUUGAAAUCCGUCAAGGAGGCAGUGCUUAUUUGCUUGUUUACAGCGCCUUUGUUACAAUUUUGUACGUUUGUGUUCUGAGAUCAAAUACUGCAUCUGCCUAGUAAUUACAGUAUUAUUUCCUACCUGUAAGUAGGGUUGCCAGCCUCAGCUCCCAGAUAGCAUCUACCUGCCAUGUGGCUGAGCAGGGCAGAAGGGAAGGCAGAGGCUGCAGGAUGCAGCCUUUCCCAACUGUCUAGCUUCUCUCUUAGUGUGUCCCACCCUGGAAGCUUCUGGACUCGUGCCCGUUAGUGGGGAUGGCGUUGGGUCUAGGAUCAGUGCAGAGCCAUGCGCUUACAGCUCUCCAAUGAAGGAACAGCGGACACCAUGCCUCGUACCUGUGCCUUGUGGGAUACAGGACGGCGUGCUCAAAACAAAGUAUCCCAUUCUAAUGAGACAGACGGCAACCUCACCUUUAAGUUAUAUAUUAUUUCUAUUUUUGUUUGUUGGUUUUUUUUUUGUUUGUUUUGUUUUUUUUACUCUAUAGUAGUUAUAUUAUGAGAAAAAUUAACUGGAUAAUGUUGCAGUGAAGGCAAGCUGGGAUGGCACAGCUCCUGACAGCUGUUAGUAUUGAUUUAAUAACCUCCAUCUAUUGACUUGGCAUUAGGGGGAUAAACAAGCCUUUAAGUAUACGAAUAACCUUUUUAGAUAUGCCAGCCUUUGCAAUGCAGAAAUAGUCACAACUGUUAAUGGCUUUGUGGAACACUGCAUGUGUAGAGAAGGCCAAUGUGUAGCAACCACCUGCUCACAGCUGCUAUUAACCUAUAACGACUGAAAUGACCCUCCCCUCUAUUUUUGUGUUGUUUUUGCACAGACUCCGGAGAAGUGAAGGCUGCCAAUCCGAGUAGUACUCAAAUGUGAGGAACUGCUGGUCUUGGAUUUUUUUUUUUUCCAUUGAACUCAGCUGAUCAUAUUGAUCAGUAGAUAAACGUAAAUAACGUCAACUUUUAAAGAUCAAAAUGCAGUGUUUUUUCACUGUAUCAGGCAAAUGUCAGCGCUUUAUUUAAUUCUCUCUCCUGUAAUCAUAGCUUUUGUCUAUUUGCUUAUAUAUCACAUUGUCAAUUACGCAUUUGUAAUUUUACAUGUAAUAUGCAUUAUUUGCCAGUUUUAUUCUCAAGGCUAUGGACCUCAUGUGCAUAUAGAAAUACAAAAUCCUAGCUCUAUCACAAGUUGCACAAAUGUUAUAUAAGCAUAAAGUAAUUGUAGACCAUAGGACUGCUAAUCUCAGUUCGCUCUGUGAUGUCAAGUGCAGAAUGUACAAUUAACUGGUGAUUUCCUCAUACUUUUGAUACUACUUGUACCUGUAUGUCUUUUAGAAAGACAUUGGUGGAGUCUGUAUCCCUUUUGUAUUUUUAAUACAAUAAUUGUACAUAUUGGUUAUAUUUUUGUUGAAAAUGGUAGAAAUGUACUAUGUUUAUGCUUCUACAUCCAGUUUGUAUGAAGCUGGAAAAUAAAUAAAUAUAACAUUAA